CUCAGCUCCUCCUUUGUCCUGAGACCUUCAUGUUCUGACCCCAAGCUUCAACUUUUUAGCUUUCUCUCUCCACCAUUUUUUCUCUCUCUCUCUCUAAAUACAUUUAAUUAAAUCCAAAUAAUAUUUUUAAUUCCUCAUACAUAUAUAUACACGUUGACAGUGUGAAUUUCUCAGCAAAACUAUUUUCUCUGCGCAUCACCGAGGCGAAAUUUUGAAGAGGCAAGUAAUGGCUUCUAGAGCAAUUCUAUGGAGGAGGAGGAGGCUUCUUUCUGACUAUUUGAAUGUCUCUGCUCGGUCUAUUAAAACUCUUCAGGCGGGGAAUGGGCAAUCUGCUCAUUGUUUGGAUUCCUGCGGUUUUAGCUCAACUGUGAAUUCUAUAUGUCAAGGUUCAGAUCAAAGAAAGGAUAGUGACGAUGUUUCUGCAAUAAACGAUGGAUUUUCGAGAUUUUUGGGUUUAGGAUUCCUCCAGCCAAAAUGUUUUAACGCUACAGUAUUUGACUAUGUAAAUAGAAGAGUCGAUGUUAUUUCUUCAGCUGGUGUGAGGUUGUCGCCGUACUCUAUACGUUGUGCUUCUACAGCAACAGCAAAGCAACCUAAUUUGGAAAGUGAUGAUGAAGAAGAGUUGAUUGCCAAAAAGAAAAGUGAAGCAUCUCCCGAGGAAUGUGAUCGAGCUGUUGUGGGACUAAGUACUGCAAAGGCCAAAGCAAAAGCAAAACGGCUGCAAGAAUCUCAGAAGGUUGCUAAAUCUAUUAUACAGAGAGUAUGGGCGACACUUUUGGGCAUUGGUCCUGCUUUGAGGGUGGUGGCCUCGAUGAGUAGGGAAGAUUGGGCCAAAAAGCUUGCUCACUGGAGACAUGAGUUUAUAUCUACUCUGCAGCAUUAUUGGCUAGGUUCUAAGCUCCUCUGGGCUGAUACGAGGAUCAGUUCAAGACUGUUGAUAAAGCUAGCUAGUGGAAAGAGUCUUUCUAGAAGAGAGAGGCAACAGCUCACACGGACUACAGCUGAUAUAUUCAGGCUGGUUCCAUUUGCUGUUUUCGUCAUUGUCCCCUUCAUGGAAUUUUUACUGCCUGUAUUCUUAAAGCUGUUUCCAAACAUGUUGCCAUCUACUUUUCAAGACAAAAUGAAAGAACAGGAAGCAUUAAAGAGAAGGUUGAUUGCAAGGAUAGAAUAUGCAAAAUUUCUUCAAGACACCGUCAAGGAGAUGGCUAAAGAAGUCCAAAACUCUCGGAGUGGAGAACUAAAGAAAACAGCUGAAGAUCUUGAUGAAUUUCUGAUCAAGGUUAGAAGAGGUGCAGGAGUCACGAAUGAGGAAAUUUUAGGCUUUGCCAAGCUGUUCAAUGAUGAGCUUACCCUAGAUAAUAUAAGCAGGCCUCGAUUAGUAAGUAUGUGCAAGUAUAUGGGGAUAAGUCCUUAUGGAACAGAUGCUUAUUUGCGUUUUAUGCUUCGGAAGAGAUUGCAAAGGAUUAAAAAUGAUGACAAAUUGAUUCAAGCUGAAGGAGUGGAGUCUCUUUCAGAGGCUGAACUUCGUGAAGAUUGUAGAGAGCGAGGCAUGCUUGGUUUACUUUCCGUUGAAGAAAUGCGCCAACAGCUCCGUGAUUGGUUGGAUUUGUCACUUAAUCAUUCAGUGCCUUCUUCACUUCUGAUCCUUUCCAGAGCUUUCACUGUUUCUGGAAGGUUGAAGCCAGAGGAGGCUGUUGGAGCUACACUGUCUUCGCUACCAGAUGAGGUUGUGGAUACUGUGGGCAUCACUUCCCUGCCAUCUGAAGAUUCGCUAUCGGAAAGGAGGAGGAAAUUGGAAUUUCUUGAAAUGCAGGAGGAGCUUAUCAAGGAGGAGGAAGAGAAAGAAGAAGAAGAGAAAACCAGAAGGAAAGAAUCUGUCUGUAGUGAAGAGGAUGUGGCAUUGAAAGAGAUGACUAUUCCAACUGCUACAGAAGCACAAGAGCAAGCUCGAGCAAGAGCAAUUGACAAACAAGAGCAGCUAUGUAAAAUUAGCCGUGCCUUGGCUGUUCUAGCUUCUGCUUCUUCUGUUAGCCAAGAGCGUGAAGAGUUCCUGAGGCUUGUAAGUAAAGAGAUCCAACUUUAUAAUAGCAUGGUAGAUAAAGAGGGUACAGAUGGUGAGUUGGAUGCUAUCAAGGCAUAUAGAGCUGCUCAUGAUGAGAAUGAUCAUGCUGCUGAACAUGAUGAGGUUUCAUCUGCACUCAUAGAUAAGGUUGAUUCCAUGCUUCAAAAUCUUGAGAAGGAAAUUGAUGAUGUCGAUGCCAAAAUUGGCGACCAUUGGCGAAUACUUGACAGGGAUUAUGAUGGGAAAGUGACUCCCGAGGAGCUAGCAGCUGCAGCCAACUACUUGAAGGAUACUCUUGGCAAAGAAGGGGUUCAAGAACUUAUCAGCAACCUUUCCAAAGAUACAGAUGGGAAGAUUUUUGUUGAAGACAUUGUUAAACUCGGCAGCCGCGUAGAAGACGCAAGGUCCAAUGAAUAGACAGAUGAUGCAACAAUUUUGGUUUCUUAAAUAACAAUAAAACAUUACACUUACACUAACGUAGUUCAGCAUAUAAUUAGGCCCCCAAUUAUAGAAAGCCAUUGUCUGUUAGUUUUCAUUUCUAAAAGCUCUGACUUUUUCAGUCAUUGAGGUUAAUCCCCUGUGAGUCACUCCUUUAUGUCAUAUGAACUCAGAUAUUUCGUAGGAAUAUGGUAAAAAGAAACAAAGAUGAAGAAAUAAAUAUGUACCGUUAGGCAUGUAAAGGCAGUCUGAUAUUAUCAAGGCUGAAUAUUUUUUGACUUUGAUAUAUAGUGGAGAAUCAUCCUAUUUUCAACUU